UCACCUUCCGCGAUGGCACCUCCCCAAGUAACAGAGGAAGUUAGGCAUAGCGCCUCGCCCGACAUCGAGAGUCUGGUGUACGAUGCCGAUCAUGAGUCGCGCAUGCCGGCGCUGAAGGAGCUUCUCAACGAGAUCCUUCCCCUCCGGAGCUGGAAGGAGAUCGAGAAGCGUUUCAUCAUUUUCCGUCGGAGGGAAAAGUUUGUGCCCAAGAAGAACGUUGUGUACCACCUCUACAUGGCCCAGGAGGUCCGGAACGACGCCCUAGAGAAGGCCCUCGUGAGCAAGCACGUGCGCAGCCUUAGCGGCGUCCUUAUCGUGACCGUGCUGACCUCCCCCUACCCGGAGUACGACGUUCCCGGCGCGGGGGGAAGGCCGGCCAAGCGCAAGGUGCAGCGGUUCUCGUGCAAGCACAACUGCUACUACUGCCCCAACGAGCCCGCCCACGAGGGGAAUAACUUCGUCCCGCAGCCUAGGAGCUACCUGCACGACGAGCCCGGCGUUCGCAGGGCUAACCGCUGCGGUUUUGACGCCGUACUGCAGUUUCGCGACCGUGUUUCAUCCUACAUCGCGAACGGUCACCCCAUCGACAAGAUCGAGAUCCUGGUGCUGGGCGGGACGUGGUCGGAAUACCCCGAAUCCUACCAGCGCGAGUUUUGCCGAGAUCUGUUCUACGCGGCGAACACGACCUUCAACGAGCGCCCAGAGAGGCUAACGCUUGAGGAGGAGAUCAAACUCAACGAGGAUGCCUCGACACGCGUCAUCGGCCUUACGCUGGAGACCCGGCCGGACGUGAUCGACCUGGACGAGAUAGCCCGACUAAGGAGCUACGGUUGCACGCGGCUGCAGAUCGGGGUGCAGCACACGGACAACGCGAUCUUGAAGAAGAUCAACCGCGGCCACGACGUGGAAGCCACCAUGAGGUGUCUACGGUUACUCAAGGACAACUGCUUCAAGGUGGACAUUCACCUCAUGCCGAACCUCCCGGGGUCUACGGUCGAGGGAGACGUGGAGAUGUUCGACAAGGUGCUCGGGGACCCCGAUUUGCAGGCGGACCAGUGGAAGAUCUACCCGUGCAGCAUCGUGCCGUGGACGGUGAUCGACAAGUGGCAUCGUGAGGGCAGCUACAACCCCUACCCGGAGGACCAGCUGUUCGAGCUAAUCCUUUCCGUUAAGGUCAGGGUGCACCCGUGGAUCCGACUCAACCGGGUUAUCCGAGAUAUCCCGAACCAGUACAUCACCGGGGGCUGCUCGGUGACCAACAUGCGCCAGAUUCUCCUCCAGACCCUGACGAAGCGAGGGCUCAAGUGCCGGUGUAUGCGGUGCCGCGAGGUGAAGGGCCAGGAGUUCAAGGACGCCGCGCUCGUCGUCAGAAAGUACAAAGCGUCAGGGGGUACCGAGUACUUCAUCAGCUCAGAGUCUCCGGAGGAGACGCUGUACGGGUUCCUGAGGCUACGUAUCCCCAGCGGGACGAGUCCGAUACUUCCCGACCUCAAGGGCUGUGCCUUGAUCCGGGAGCUGCACGUUUACGGCAAGCUCAAGAAGGUGGGGGAGGGCGGGGAGACACAGCACCAGGGCCUGGGCACGCAGCUCCUGGCUAGGGCCGAGAAGAUCGCUCGACAGCACGGCUACGUUAAGAUGGCAGUCAUCUCGGGCGUUGGCGUUCGCCGGUACUACGAGCGCUUCGGCUACCGUUCGCUCAAAGACUACCAGGUGAAAGUACUAGUGGACAAGUGGACCAUCGUGGCCGCUGCUUCGGCCUUGACGGUGGCCGCUGCGGCCGUAACCGCCGCGGCGGUAGUUUUGGCGCGGGGACGGGGGGGGCGACGAUAGUGCCCGGAGCUGGGCCUGGCGAUGUCGACUAAAUACCUCGACAGGCUGCCUCCGUUGGGCCGACACCCGUCCUUGGGUGCUCAACAGAUCGAUCUUGGUGGAUGGUGUUUUCCGUGUGUAGCGAGCGUAUUUUUGCCAGGGGAUUGGGGCGAUAUCGCGAGGGAGGACCGGGCAGAACAGAGACACUUCCUACUACACGGGCGGACCUUGUGUUGUUGUGCUUGAUCGUGUGGGUGUUAUUUUCCGUGUUGUUUUCCGUAGCGGCCUUGUGGUAGCCAAUGUAGGCUUCGGGUGAGAGGGUGGGGCAGGGCUACGGACGGAGGGGUAGCGACAGCAGUUACAUAGCACGGUAACGGAAAGCCAGUUCAAGAUGCCUAUCGUAUACUCCUUUCCAUGGCUUGUUCGUUAGGAAUCUUGUGAGGUUUGGUGGACUGCUGGUUGGAGAAUCAGCCGGGGACGCACGUCGACGGUCCUGCAGCAGUAGAACAGAGUAGAUCGAUGGCUGACAUUUGUGCAGGACGUUUGAAUUUGAACAAUCGGCAAAGGCAAAAUAACGAUAUUGAAUGGUUUGGUUUUAUUUUAAGGUGUGUUGAAGUGUGUUAACGCGGUUAACUACUUGACACAAGCUGCCGAAUUUUCGCAAGAGGGAUCGCGCAAACAGGAGCGUAGGGGCCCAUAUGUUUGUGUGCGACGAUGUUACGGCGGUGGAGGGUACAGCGGUGAAAACAAAGCAUGACGAGAAUCACGUGGUC